CUCUGUCUGCCUGCCUGUCUUGUGGUAUUUUCCGUACUUACAGGUCUGCAGGUUACAGUUGUGUAGUGUUGUGUGUGGUUUGUUUAUUUUAUUUUGAGUGCGGUUAUUGGACUUUACAUGCUCCAGGAUUGAAAAUUUCAGUGGAGGUAAAAGCGCAAAAACUGAAUAACAGCAACAAACAAGAGGUUGCCAAUUUUUUCAAAUUUUUGAGGCUACGAAAGCUGCGGAAUGUGUUCAAAAGGCUUCUCCAACCAUAAUUCUUUGAAGAGCCCAAUUGCACCAGGUGGUCAGUUCAAAGCAACAAAAAUUUGGAAAGAUCUUGUCAACCAUCUUUAUAAAAAUGCAAACGUGAAGAAAAGAAGAGUUAUGAUGAAAUCUCAUGAUGAUUGUUUCAGUGGAGGAAAUGCUGUUGAUACCCUUCUGAGUUACGUUCAAGGUAAUGCGGAUAGAUUUCCAAACACGACAAUGGUAACUCGAGAAAAUAUUGUCAGACUUUGUCAAAGUUUUAUUGAUGCCGAUGUAUUUGAAUGUGUUAAUGCUGGAGAUGAUUCAGAAAAAAGAUCAAAAUUUGAGGAUUCAUCAUCAAGACUUUAUAGGUUUAAUUUGAAAAACAAACGAGAAUUUUUUAAGAGUAAUAUGUGUAAAUCAUCACCGUCACUCAGUGACCAAAACUGUCAGUCAUUUGCAAAUGAUGUUGAGCAUUUGCCAGUGAAAUUCAGUACUUUAUUGACAGUACCACGUUCGGUCGAACCAGUUGCAAGACAUAAAACCAUGUUUUCACCGUUUGGAAACGCAUUACAUGCUGUCGGUAAACGAUCAUCAAGUGAGCAGCGUCGUGCUUCUGGAUCACAAACUAGCGAUUCUGAUUGUGAGAAUAGGCCGCAAAAGAAAACACCAUCCAGGUUAAAAAGAAGCGGUAGUUUCGUGAGAGUCGUCCUGAAAAGAUCAUCAUCGGAUUCAAAUUUACGCAAAGAAUCUUCAUCUUCUACUGAAUCUGAUUCAAGUUCGAAGCAUCGGAGUCCUGGUGAUCCCCUAACAAGAGGAAGAUUGAGGUUGAGUCAAAGAUUGUCAUUUCGGAAAAAGUCUUUGAGGCGUUCUGGACACUCCUCUUACCAUUUACAACAACCUUGCGUAAUUCAAAAUCCUGCAGCUGGGAAAGAAAGAUUGACAGAUCAAGAAGAUACUGCCAAUGAUGCAGCAAUGUCUUCUAACUUAUUUACUCACAAAGAUUUGAAACGUAGAAGUCAACGUCGAAUGCAAUCAAAUUCAGUUGUUGCUGAUACCCAUUGUAGUAAAGUGAAAGUUGUCAGCAGUAAACCUAGACAAAGAAAGCUUACUCCACAAGAAACAUCUCAUGUUAAAAGAGAAAGUGUUCGAGUUCGACUUCUACAAAUACUGGACUUACCUUUUGUUGAAAGUUUGAUUAUAUCUCCUACGUUUGAUAAAAAAGUACCGGUAUUAGGAAUCUCACAAACAGAAAACAAGCAAUCAUGUGGAUAUACUGGAGUUCAUUACAGUGAAGUUGUUGCAUCAUAUAACAAUGAUGAUCCGUGGAUAUUCAACUCACUGACUGUUCUACAACAUAUACCGGAUAGUUAUAACAUUUUAAGAAAACAUGCAAGAUCGAUUGAUAACAGAAAGAAAACAGAGCUUUAUUUUGCGAUUGCCAAUCACUACAAUGCAUUAACCCGGCCAUUAAUUGAUGAAAACUACAAUGGGAUUGCUCAAGCUAUCAUUUCAUUACUUGUGUCUAGACCUGUUGACAAGAUCAUGGAAGCUACACAAUUGUUUGUCCAUCUUCUGGCAGAUGCAAGACUGACAGAAUUGCGACAUCUUUGUAUGUUUUUACAUGUUGUUUGUACACAGAACGAAGUCAGACUUGCACAUAAGGGUAACAACCAAGCACUUGUUAUUGAAACAUUCACUCCUGCAAUAUUACGAAUGCCAAACAGUAUUGCUUGUGAGAAUGGAAUCAAUGGUUGUAAAGGUUUAGUUCGAUUCAUGGUUCAACACCAUCUGAGAGUAUUUAUGCUUCCUGCAUCUGUUGAAAUGAUUGUUCAAAGAAAAGUUGAUCUGUUAGAACAAGGAGAGAUUGAGAGUCCCUCACUUGUCACAGAUACAGCAUAUUGCACAAUGAUAUCUGAAUCAGAGUAUCAAGAACAAAGAGUUACAUACACUCACUCUCGAGUCAGAGAAUUAUACUCCACUAUCCAAUCCAGUACAUCUAUCGCUCCAAGGAAGAAAAAAGAUUUGAUAAAGAAACUCCAAAGACAACAUCCUGAUGUGUUUGGAGUCAAUAAUAACAAUGAUGCAGAUAAGAUAGGCUCUCAGUCUACUAAGGAACCAGAGAGAAAACUAGGGCAUCCUGCUCGUUCAUUUUUAACUUUAACUCGAGGGAAGCAAGAAAGAGGAUUGGGAACAUCUGGAUCUCACAGAGAUUUAUCAGCAAGUGGAACGUCUAAAAGUAGCACUAAUGGUAAUCAACUUAGGACAUUGCCCAUAUCCACACGAUCUAUGAGAUUUACAGCUCCGAAUUCUGACCCCUUGACGCGGAAACGGAGAAACAGCACAAGAGCUGAGGUUUUUAUCUGAAUGGCUUUUUAUGUCUAUGUAGCUGAGUUUGUAUGAAACGUAGGAAGGCUUUAGAGACAUUAUGUUUUGCAAUAUAGAUAUGGUGUUAAAAAUAUUCGCUGAUGUCCAGAACUGAAUAGUCUACUUUGCUGAAUACACAUUCCGAAAUAAUAUCAUAUUGAGACGAGUAUAUACUUGCAUAAAUCACCAUAAAUUUACAGCGACAUAGUUGCCAAAAACAUAAACAUUGUUUCAUUAGUUUUUCUAAGUCAAAUAAGACGUCAGGAUGUCAAUAGAUCGAAAUAAAUGUAUUUGCAAAUUAGGUAACCUACAUUAUCCCUAAGGUUAUCAUUCCUUUUGUCGAAUACAUUCAAAUAUUUGCUGCCUUCUGGACUUUCCUGAUCUAUCUUAUGCUGAAAUAUGCAGGAAUGAGGACCUGCCCACGACAGUUGCCUAUUGCAUCAUGACUAGCAUUUGAUAUUUUUUAUUCAUAUCUUCUAUAUUAUAUUACUGAAUAUGGAUCUUGCCAUUUUUCUAUAAUACUCGGUAUACAAUCUAUGUUCAUUUUGUUGCUGAGAAAUAUUUCACCUUGUAUCUAUAAGAUGUGCAAAAGAUGUAUUUUAGAAUUCUUAAUAAUCCAGAAGAAUAAGCCUAAUUGCUGCUUUCUCUGUAGUUUUGUCAUUUUUGUAUGGAAAACAUUUUUUUCGUCAAAUUUUAUAGAGGCGACUUAUUUCUAUUUAACUUAAUCAUACGACAGAAAUCUGAUGUAACAUACUUUUCACAUUUCGGGGUAUCUACUUACAGCAUAGAUAUCUUAAAUGAUGUUGUGUAAAACUGACAAUUAUGAUGAAAGAUUGGCUGCAACUUCGUAAUUAUUAUCAAUGUUUCAUGACUGAAUCAAUCAUGUUUUCGAUUUUGUUUUGCACAUUGCAACACUAUGUAACUAGCAAUAUUUAUUAUGAUAUUUUGCAGUCUUAGAAUCAUGAUUACCAUACCUCACAUUUUGUCUUGCUGGAUAAAAUUUUUUUAAAUUUUCAACAUUCCGAUUAAUAUGAAGCUUUCAAAACAAAUAUGUUCAUAAAUCUGUGCCUCCAGUUUUUACUGAUAAUACGCGGCUUGAAUGUAAGUAUAUGCUAUUAUUUUUAUAUGAAUUACUGAUUUCAUGCUUAUCAUAUAAUAUUUGGAAACUGAUAUAUUGAUUACCCUGGCGAACCUUCACUGCAGUGUUGGGAGGCGCUGAACGGCGGCGCUGAACAAGCGAUGCAAAGACCGGAGUGCCACAUGUGUUUGCUUUUUUUGCUCUUCUUGUUACUGUUGGUAUAUUUUGAGUACAAGUGCUUUACACACAGAUUUUGAUAUGUAAGAUAUUUUUAAACUUCUUUUCAUCCUUGAAUGAUGACCAAAUAAUCUGUGCAUUAGGUUUCCUUAUCCUUUGUUUCUAUUUAUGGCUAUCGUCACUAACAUUUUAGUGUAGUCAUUUAAAAAUAGACCUAACACUUUUUCAGUUUGGUAAAUUUUCAAAAUGUUUUUUGUGUGAAUAAUUGUAUUUACGUUAUUUGUUACUGUUUGAAGUACUUUUUCAUUUCCUAGAGUGAAUUUCCUCGAAAUAGAUUUAGGUAUAUUGCCUGUGUAGAACAUUGUGCUGUGUUUAUUUCUUCUGAUGAAAUUGUUUUGCUUAUUAGAAAGUUUUCUUAUGAAAUAUUAUUGUCAAGCUGUAGUCUCAGCUUCUCAUUGUGCUAUGAUGAUGCCUAUAUUUAUUCAGUUUCUGUAUUUUCAAAUAAAAAUUUAUUGUAUGACUA